CAUGGUACGGAAGUUAUAGCAUGUUGUUUACAUGCGGCGCUAUCCUCAAAACAUCACUGCAUUACCUUUUUAAACAUUUUCUUGUUUAACAUGCCCCUGUCAACUCAGUCUCAGGCCGACGAUGAAUUCUACGUGUUGGUCGCUACAUUGGAUAAUGCCCGCAAUUUGUCAAACAUCCUAAAAGCCAUUGCAUUUAAAGAUCACGCCAUCUUCAGUGCUACCCCAAAUGGACUUAAAGUGACCGUAGAGGACUCCAAAUGUUUGCAAGCCAACGCCUUCAUCCAGGCCGAGAUUUUCCAGGAGUUUACAAUUAAAGACGAUUUGGUGGGCUUUCAGGUUAAUCUCACUGUUUUGCUAGACUGUCUUAACAUCUUUGGAGGGACCACUGUGCCAGGAGUGUCAACAGCACUGAGGAUGUGCUAUGUAGGGUAUGGGUACCCUCUAACUUUAUUUCUUGAAGAAGGAGGAGUGGUCACUGUAUGCAAGAUAAACACCCAAGAGCCAGAGGAGCCUAUUGACUUUGAAUUUUGCAGCAGUAAUGUCACAAACAAAGUGAUCCUGCAGUCAGACAGUUUGAAGGAAGCAUUCUCUGAACUAGACAUGACAAGUGAGGUGUUGCAAAUAACCAUGUCACCAACUCAACCAUAUUUUCGAUUGUCCACAUUUGGGAACUCUGGAAAUGCACAUUAUGAUUAUCCUAAAGACUCCGACAUGAUGGAGUUGUUCCAGUGUACAAAGACACAGACCAAUAGGUACAAGAUGUCAUUGUUAAAACCAUCAACCAAGGCUCUGGCAUUGUCUUGUAAAGUAUCAGUGAGAACAGACAAUAGGGGGUUCCUGUCUCUGCAAUACCUGGUCAGGAAUGAUGAUGGACAAAUCUGCUUUGUGGAGUACUACUGUUGUCCAGAUGAAGAAGCUGAAGAGGAAUGAUGAAAAUAUAUAUAUAUUAUGCUAUUUCAAGUGCUUGUUUUGAUGAAAGUUCAGUUAGUUCUGAUUUAUACAUCUAUGACUAUCUAGCACUAACCUCAGGAGAGCUACUACAAGGAGUAGCUACUUACCACCAUUUUGAAGAGUAAAUGCUGCAAUUUGAUGGUGUUUUAUGACAUGGUUUAUAUGUUUUUUCCUAUUAUUUUAAAAUAAAACAGAAAAUGCACAAAGUUCUUGUAGAGGUGCAAAUGCAAGGAACAGCAAUUAAGAAUUCGGCUUUUUGCCAAAACGUUAUUUAAAAAAACAACAAAGCUUUUGGACAUUGGCCAUCUGAGUGUGCUAUGCAUUUUUUUCAUUUUUAUACUCCUAUGAUUUUACCACUCGCCUGUUCAGUUGACAAUGUGCCACAUACUACAAAGUUAAAAAAUAACAUUUUUAUUACCACCCAUAUGUAUUGGUUGUACAGUACAUAGUAGUAUAAAAAGGUGUUCACUCAAAAUAUAAAUGUAAAUAAAACUUGUCUAAAUCCA